GCUAGAGGAACGGAUACUAGGUCAGGCUUUGUUUGUGGAUGAGCUCCAUCACCUCCUCCAGAAAUGUGGACGGAUAUAAGGAAACUACUGCUCUUUCAUUUGUUAGCCCUGAAACUUCAUUCCUCAAAAGGAGCAGAGGCAGAAGAGUGUGAGGAUGGUCAGUUUCAGUGCAACAACAAAAGGUGUAUACCGACCAUAUGGAGGUGCGACGAUGAUGACGACUGCUCAGACAACAGCGACGAGGAAAACUGUGCCAGGAAGACGUGUGCRCCGGCAGAGUUUGCCUGUGCAAACGGCCAGUGUGUACCAGGCCGCUGGCGCUGUGACGGGGAACCAGAGUGUCCCGACGGRUCAGAUGAGGCAGACGCCACCUGUAGCAAACAGACGUGCCCUCCGGAGAAGUUUGACUGCGGCGGCUCUACCAACAAGUGUGUCUCAAUGUCGUGGCGAUGCGACGGCGAGCYGGACUGCGAGAACGGGUCAGACGAGGAGGACUGUGCCGCCGACGCCAAGUCCUGCCCAAAAAGCGAAUUCCAGUGCGCCAACCGCAAGUGCCUGGCACCUGUCUACGUGUGCGACGGCGAUGACGACUGCGACGACGGCUCUGACGAACUAAAAUGCUCCUCCCGCCACUCGCCAACGACCACCUGCGGCCCGCACGAGUUCCGCUGCAACACCUCAGAGUGCGUGCCUGUCAUGUGGAGCUGUGACGGCGACCCAGACUGCCCGGACGGCUCUGACGAGUGGCCGGAGCGCUGUGGGAGUGAAGGGUCGCAAUCGCGACGCAGGAUGAACUGUACAGUGGAGGAGUUUCGGUGCGCCAACYGGGAGUGUGUGAGGCUGGCGUGGAAAUGUGACGGGGAUCCGGACUGCAAGGAUAAAUCGGACGAGGCGGAUUGUCCUCUGCUGACGUGCCGCCCAGGAUUCCAGUGUCGGCACGGCUCCUGUAUCCACGGCACCAAGCAGUGUAACAAGGUCCAUGACUGUCCUGACCAGAGUGACGAGUCAGGCUGUGUCAACGCCACUAAGUGUGAGGGGCCCCUGAAGUUCCUGUGUAAGAACGGAGAGUGUAUCGACAGCGCCAAGGUGUGUGACAACGUCAAGGACUGCAAGGACCGCUCCGAUGAGCCCAAGAAGGAGUGUGGACUCAACGAGUGCACGCUCAACAACGGCGGCUGCUCUCACAUCUGUCUGGAUCGACCAAUCGGCUACGAGUGCCAGUGUCCCACCGGGUACCAGCUACUGGACAAGAGGACAUGUGGAGACAUUGAUGAGUGCGAGAGCCCCAACGCCUGCAGCCAGAUCUGCAUCAACUACAAGGGAGACUUCAAGUGUGAAUGUUACCAAGGCUAUGAGAUGGACCCUGUCACCAAGACCUGCAAGGCAGAGGGGAAGUCUCCCUACCUGAUGUUCACCAACCGCCAUGAGAUCCGUCGGGUGGACCCAGUGAAGAAGGAUUACAGCCAGGUGCUGGCAACCCAGAAAAACGCUGUGGCACUUGACAUAGACGUGACCAAUAAUCGCCUGUUCUGGUGCGACCGCUUCCACCGCAACAUCUACAGUGCUCUGAUCCCGGAGGCCAGUGUCCCGUCCCAGCAGGUGACCCUGGUGGACUCUGGCUCUCUACUCUCGCCCGAGGGCCUGGCCCUAGACUGGGUCCAGCACAACCUCUACUGGACCGACUCAGGCCACAAGACCGUCUCGGUGGCCUCGGCCUACGACGGCCUCAAGAGGAGGGUGCUGGUGGACACGGAACUCAGCGAGCCCAGAGCCAUAGCCCUGGACCCCCAGCACGGGUUCAUGUACUGGUCUGACUGGGGCACCCGGGCCAAGAUUGAGAAGGCUGGGAUGAAUGGGGUGGACCGACAGGUCUUGGUGUCAGAUAACAUCGAGUGGCCCAACGGCAUCACCCUAGAUGUAGCCAACAGGCGUCUGUACUGGGUAGACUCCAAGCUGCACCUCAUCUCCAGCGUGGACCUGAACGGGGCUCACCGCCGGACACACCUGUCCUCCUCAGAGAGACUGGGACACCCCUACGCACUGGCCGUGUUUGAGGACCGUAUCUACUGGACAGACAGGGAGAGGGAGGCGGUGUACAGCGCUAACAGGCUAACAGGCCAAGAUGUCAGCACGCUGGCCGAGCACCUCAACGACCCCCACGACAUAGUGGUCUUCCACCCACUCCGACAGCCCCAAGGCCCAGACAGCUGUAACUUGGGCAGUGAGGCCAACGGUGGCUGUGAGUACCUGUGUCUCAAAGCCCCCCAGAUCACAGAGCACUCCCCCAAGUACACCUGCGCCUGCCCCACAGGACAGGACCUGGGGCCRGACAUGCGGGGCUGUGUGCCAGCAAAUGAGACUAUUACCACACGGUCGCCAUUCCCCACCAGCUCGGUAGUCAUCAUCACGGCAAGUAUCGAGGAGGACAAAGKGGACUCCCAUUCCACUUCUGGGUUGUCCCAGGCAGAUGCCGGGGUCCGCCACCUCACCCCCGCCCCCUCCAGCACCCCAGAACCCCUCCUCAUUGCCAAACCUGGGGCAGAGGUGAAGGAGAAAGAUGGUCGGCGUUUGGAUCACACUACCUCCACCACAGUAGGGUCUGGGGACACUAAUGUCAUCAAGGAGGACAGCAACCUCUCUCACCACUCUGGAAGUGAGCAUUUUCUCCUGGGGGAGAACCUGACAGUGGCAGUUCUGGGAGUAGUCAUCCCUAUAGUUCCUAUUGUUGCCACAGUGGUCUUCGGUCUGCUCUGCACUGGCGUCUACCUGGUUUGGCGGAACUAUCGUGUAAACUCUACCAAGAGUAUGAACUUUGACAACCCCGUUUACCGCAAGACCACAGGCGAGGGCGAAGAGGACGAGAUUCACAUCGGACGGACGGACAGUGGCAUGAGCGGCCAGCACGGGCAUCACCCGUACCCAGUUGGAGUGGGGUGUGGCGUAGUCGGCGGGGGCGGAAAUACAUGCCCGCAGUUUAUCGCGCUGCCACUGGGUGGCAGUAUGCCCGACCCGGGGACUCACUGGUACACGGAGCAGCCUAUGCUGUCCACUACGGCUAAGUGAGGUGGGAAAAGUAGGAGGAUGGAGGCUAGACUAAAUGGCUGCUCAGGGGGUUAAUUUUCAAGAUGGCCGCUGCUCAAGCGCACACACAUACACACAUGCACCCGUACCAAGGUCAGGGGUCACUCACUGAGUCUGUUCAAGGGAUGGACAUAUGAUGUUAUCAUCACAUCCAGCCAUUCGGGACCAUGCUGUGCCAAUUCAUCACACAAAAUUGACAGUUUCAACACUUUCUAAGGUUUAUUUAUGUUAUGUCAGAGUUGGGGUUGGUUCGGUUUGAAUUCCUGUCAAUUCAGUUCUUGAAUUCUCUACGAAUCAAUUGAAUUUAGAUCACUGGACUUGAGUUGCAACUGAGUCGACACCAAUUCUGUUCAUCCACUUUUGAUCCAUUUCAGCAGUCUUGAGCUGUGCUAUCUGUCUCACGUUUAAGGCCGAGAGGAGUUCCAAGAGAUUCACUUUGCCCUUGACGUUAUACAUUUWUGCUCUCCAUUUUAAAUCCCUGGUGGAUCCUCGUUCUCUGGCUUUUUAGGAGGAGGUUUAAAAUGAGGGCAGCACCUUAGUUGGUUGAUGGGACAAUCUGUAUAGUUUGAAGCUAUUAAUUCAACACGUUUUAUCGUUCACCUCACGAUUACUAAAGAUGUCAUAGUGUUUUGUUAUUUUGGUCAGGGCUUUUGUCUUGGAGUGGAAGGUUUGAGAGAGGUGUGUGUGUGUGUGUGUGUGUGUGUGUGUGUGUGUGUGUGUGUGUGUGUGUGUGUGUGUGUGUGUGUGUGUGUGUGUGUGUGUGUGUGUGUGUGUGUGUUGUGUACUCUCUACAGUUCUUCUUUUGACGUUUUCCUGAUUGAACCUUAAAGGCUACAAGAGGACAAGCAGGGCAAAGGGCCGUUGAGAAAGUUUUGUGGCAGCUUUGGGAUCCAAAAGAAAGCGUAAGGCUUAGCGAGAGAAGCCUUUGUAGUUAUUAGCGGUAGGCUGGAUUUUUAGGCCCAGUGAAGACGUCUUGCUAGUGGCUAACAGUAUCCGUGUUAAGGCUUUUGUGUGUGUCUACGACAUGUCUCUAGACAAUUAGAAUGCGGCAAGUAUUGCUGGUCAAAAGUACAUUUCAUUUAUACUCAGGCUGACUGUCUGUAGAUCAUCACGACGGUGAAAACUGUUCUACUUUGACCCUGCCACAGUGUCCAUUGUCACGAGUAGAUAGKGCCACUGGCGCUACAUAACCAUGACAAUAAAUUCCAAACGCCUGAUUGACAGCUAGCUAGCUUGCGUUAGCAUACAGAAUAUACAUACAUUUAAUAUUAUGGACGACUGUAUGUUUUGUAGAGCAGAUGUUAAGUUUAGUUAUGGAGCACCCUUGUCUCUUUGCCGUUGAGAGGGAAGACUCCAAAGAUUCUCAACAACAAAAAAUCCUGGUUAGCAAUUGGUAGCCAACCUGUAAUUAAACUGACUUUAGCUGAGCUGGCUAUCUAGUCAAUCUAAUUCUAGACUAGGUGUGGGUAUGASAAAUCAAACAAGCAAAUAUUCAUCUCUUCUCAGGAGAAAGGCAGCACUUAAAAAGAUUAGGAGCAAGGCAGCUUCCUCCAUGUUUUCUCAUMUAUACGAAGGAUAGAAUGUAAUUCACUAUCACGUGACAACAUGAUGCUCAUGAUGUCAAUUUUGUGUUUAUACAAACAACCAAGUUUGUAAAUAUAAUUUUCAUGAUAUCACUGCAACAACAUGUCAAUAGAUGGACUACCAGCCUUUAGGUAUGAUAAUGACAACAGAGUUGGCUAGAGCAGAAUUAGCUAGCUAGAAGGCUAAUGUUUAACUAGGCUAAAGCAGAACCAGAUAUGGCUAAUGGCUACCAGGCUAAUGCUUAGCUAACCGUUUGAGAAAAGCAAUUAGAYGGUUGUUGUACUGAGGUGAAUCAUUUCGGCUAUUAUUCUCCUCUCCUCUUUUUAGCUGUUUUCCACGGCCACUGGUGAAUUUGUAAUCUGUUAUUGUUCAUUUUAUUUCCCCAUCUACUCUCUUUGUCAGUACAACACACACACACACACAGAGUCACUCACCCUCAAGAGAUCAUACACAGGGGGUAUUUUAUUAGUAUCCCCAUUAGCUGUUGAGAUAGCAGCAGCUACUAUUCCUGGGGUCCACACAGAACAUGAAGCAUGACAUAAUACAUAACAUUAAUAGACAAGAACAGCUCAAGGACAGAACUCCAUAAAUUGGACGGAACUACAGAAACAUUCACUUGCACUAGGAAGAUACUAUGUACACACAGCAUGCAUAAUCGCUCGCCCUUCACAAACACAAGCAUUCCACUCACUCCAAUGACAGACAGACACACACACACACACCAGACACGCGAACACAAACAUCCAUGCCCCUGUCUUCAUUCUUUGAGAAGAUGUCAAUGUGAGCUUUCAUAUAGGAGGCACUCAGUCAGAGGGAGGUCGACUGCUGACAAAAGGCCCCUGUCAGCUGAUUUGGUGGCRGACAUCACUGUGGCAGAUUUUGGCUUGCUUCCUAAAUGGCACCCUAUUCCCUUUAUAGUGCACUACAUUUUUUUACCAGGACCCAUAGGUAUACCCAUAGGGCUCUGGUCAAAAGUAGUGCACUAUGUAGGGGAAAGGAUGUCAUUUGGGACACGGCCUUAAACAGUAAUGAGGUUCAGUCAGGUUGGAUUCUCCUGUCAGUAAACACGACUGUCUUUUGUCCACCUCUCCUUUUGUCCUGUCCCGCACAUUGGUGAUCCYCUCAGAAAAUGUACAUUUCUGAGUCCCCUCCAUUGUAGUAUUGUCGAUCACGGUGUUGGGGUGAAAUGGGAUUUGGAAAGAGACAGAUUGAUAGGUGUGUGUAGUGGGGGUGGAUAUGUGUGUGUGCCUGUYUGUGUGUUUAUGCAUGUGUGCGAGUAUUUUUGUUCAUUCCACAGCCAUAUUGGAAACGUUUUGUACACUUUGUUGCUCAGCCCUCUCAGAAUGCCUUCUGUAUUGUGUGUGUUGCAUGGGAGAACGUGUGCGUGUGUGUGUGUGUGUGUGUGUGGUGUGUGUGUUG